AUGGACAGCCAGGACAGCCAGGACCUCCAGGAGAUGCUGGAGCACCAGGAAACCCAGGAGGCGAUGGACAACCUGGACAGCCCGGACAGAGCGGCACCACCUCUACCAACACUCCCGGAGGACCUGGACCUGCUGGACCACCUGGAGCUCCCGGAAAUGCAGGACGACCCGGACAGCAGGAGGUAACGGAAACGAUGGACCACCCGGACCACCAGGACAGCCAGGAGCACCAGGACAGCCUGGAAACGACGGUCGUCCAGGAAACCCAGGAGGCACAGCUCCUCCCAGGGGCGAUGCCGCCUACUGCCCAUGCCCACCUCGCUCAGCUGCGUUCGUGUCUCGUCGUCGCGUUAUCAAGAAGCACUAAGCGAUUCAAGAACACCGUAUCCGACU